CUUGGCGCGGACCAGCAUGGACGAGGAGCAUGCGUCCCUCCCGCGGCCGUCGAUCGCGUCGCUGGAGCAUGCGAGCCUGCGCUACCUCCUCGACGUCGUGCCCAAGCUCGUGCAGGACGCGCCCGCGUCGGUGAAGGACGAGGUCGGCGCGCUCCUGCUGGACCGCGUGCGCGCCGAGACCGAGCCGGAAGAUGGCGUGAACCAGCUGCUGCGCCUCAUGGGCAUCUAUCUGCACUCGAGCGAAGCCAUCACGGAGGCCAUCGUCGAGCUGCUCUAUGGGUCGUGCUACCGCGUCGUGCUCAUCCACCACCUGCCACAGCUCACGUACCAGUCGCCAAAGUGCAUUAACCUCGUGCUCCAAGCGUACAAGGACCUCCUCGAGAGCGACAGCGCGCUCCUCGUCCCGCUUCUCGGGUCGCUUGUCGACAUGCCGCUCUCGCCAUCGCAGCAGAACGACAUAGUGCUGCUCGCGCACACGAUGCUCGACAGCGUCGACGAGACGGACGUUCCGUCGGUCAUCCGCAGUCUCCUCGCGCUCCUGACGCCGACGACGGCCGCGGCGACACUGAGCCGGAUUCGCCAGCAAGCGACGAGCCUGUCGCUGCCGCAUCUGCACCUCGUCCUCGACGUCAUGUCCGGACAGCUCUACAGCGGGUCGGUCGUCCUCAAGUACACGCUUCGCUCGAUUCGCACCGCCGACGACCUCGAUCGCCUCGACGGUCUCUGGCUCCUAACGCUUCUCCAGCGGUCGUCCGAGCACACAACGGUGUGGAAGUGCCUCCUGCACAUGCACAAGAAGAUUUCGCUGGCAUGGCUCCUCUCGCUGCAGCAGGUCGUGGCAUCGCAUGUCUUUGCCUCGUACCAAGCCAGCUACGUCCAGCUCUGUUCGCUGCUCUUCGACGUUGCGUUUCACAAGCAAACGACGCUAGCACUCGGCACGACGCUCAUCUCGCACGCGAUCCAGAGUCUCACGGCGCUCUUGCGCGAGAGCAUCGACGUCCAAAGCGUGCUGCAGCUCCUUUUGCACCUCGUCGGGCGGUCGCACACGUGGAACACGACGCAGCGCGACGGGCUUCGUCGCCACAUGGCCGUCACGGCCGCCGUCGGCAUCGCGGACGCCCUUCCGUCGCUGCGCGCGUACUACGGCCACUUGGUGUUGGACACGAUCCACGUUGUGAGUGCGACCAAAGGCGACAACACGGCGCUGCUCGACCCGCUCUGCUUUGCCGUCGUCCAGCUCGUGCCGACGGACCCGUCGCUGUACACGCUGCUGGUGAUGACGAUUCAAAAACACAUCUUGCAGCAGGCGUCGCCGCUCCAGCUCACGUCGAUCUUGCUCGCGGCCCACUUGACGUACGCCAACGUGGUCACGCCCACGGACCGGCGCACGAUCACAGCGUGGAUGCUGCGUCUCCUCGCCUACGCCCCGCUCUCGGUCGUGCCCGGGGUCGCUACGUACCUCUGCGCGCACGUGGAUGCGUCGCUGGCCGAGACGCACGUUUUGCCCGCGCUCCGGCGCCGGCGCGUGCUCACGUCGACGCGAGAGCUCUCGCUAGUGGCCUAUUUUCAACACCACGCCGGCGCUCCCUGCAGUGAAAGCACGGCCGCGCUCGCCGAACUCGUGCGCUGCCUCGUCGCCUACGCCCCGCCCGCGCUCCUCGACGACGUCUUGUCGCAGCCCCUCGUCAGCGCGUGGCCAGACGAAUUUGGGCCCCAAGAGUCGUUGGCAUCCAUGUUCCAGGCGGCCAUUUACGUCGGCGUCACGCUUCUCAACAGUUUGUUUGCGGCCGGUCGGCGCGAUGCCGUACUUGAUCGUCUGUGGGACCAAGUCGUGGGGUACUUUGACCAGCACACACAGACCGCCCAUGAAAAGACGUCGUUGAGCUACUUGCGGCUCUUGGACGACGCGGUGGUGUGUUAUUUCCUGACGCAGUUGCCGCCGACCGAAUCGACGCCACCCUCGCUUGGCCAAGCGCGCUGCAUUCGCUUGCUCUACCAUGGCCUCGUGGACCGCGACGCGCCGCAGCCGCCGCACUGGCGUCUCUACGGCACGUACAUGAACGCGCUCAGGUCGCAUCUCGCACUCGACGUGCCAUGGACCGCCUACAUCACCGCCCUCACAGCGGCAACGACAACAGCCGAGUCGGUCGCCGAGACGCUUCUGCAGGUGUAUGCCAUCCUCGGGGCACUCCUCGCCGCCGAUCGGGACGCUCUUCUAUUUGCAUGUGCCGAGCGCGACAUGCCACUCUGGGAGGCCGCCGACGCCUUCUACAACUUUGUAUCGACCAACCUCCUUCAACUGCAGGACGCUCAAGUGCUCUGUGCAGCCCUCGACGUGCUCGUCCUCGUGUGCAAACCUGCACCGUUGAUGCUGCAAGACGUCGCGCAGCUCGGCAAGACGCUGCUUUCGACUGUCUACCCGCACGCCAACGUCGAAUGGAGUGCGUGGAAAGGCUACUUGGCGCUCUCCCCGACGCCUCUGGCGGUCACGUGGCUUGACCAUAGCUCGUUUCUGAAGAGCUAUGCGCCAACGCACGCGUCGUCUUCCUUGUAUUAUUUACACCACUGCUACGCCACGGUGUUUGCCCUCUCGCCGCACCCGCUGCCAUUUCUAUCGUGGACCGCCGACGUGCUUACGACCAUGGUCACCGACGACGUCGACGUCGCGCCAGGUCUGCGCACGUGCACGCGCGCGAGCUUUCCGCAGCUCUUUACGUCGUUUUGGCUCAGUUUGCUCUCGAUGGCGACGCACCCGACCUUGGCCCCGACGCCGACGAGAGACCCGUACCACCGGAUCACGGGCUACCUGCACGUGCUCUCGAAAGCCAUUGCGCUCGCCCAUAUCGGCGACCUCUACAGCUCGGAGCUGGCCCGCAAAACCGUCCCGCUGCUCGUGCGCGCGUGUCAGUUUCUCUGCGAGCGCGUCGUCGUCGUCGUCGACAAGUGCCUCCAAUGGCGUCUCUCAUCGCCCGAGAUCGCGGCCGACAAGAGCCUCUUGGCGCCACUGUGCCACCAUGUGCUUUUGGUGCUGGACGCGAUGGAGCGCUACGUGCAGUACAUCCAAGCGCUCAUGGUCGUGCACAUGAAGACGGUCAUGGAGCACGCGAAAGGCACGACAAAGCUCUCGACGCUCGCCAAGACGAAGAAGGGACCGCCUGUCUGGACCAUGCUCCACCGCAUUCCUCAAGUCAAGCAACUGCCGCAACUCAAGCGCUGGAUCCACCGGGCCAAGGCGUCCUUGAGCCUCACCAUGCACCGGGAGCAAAUUCCUUCGCUGGACGACGAGGCACCCGAUGCCGACGCGACAGUCGCUCCCGACGAGAGCGAUGGCAUCCGCCGGACGCCGCCGCACGAUGCUGCGUACCGGUGGCAGAAGCAAGCCCGGAAGGACCAACACGUGGCUUGGGUCAGCAGCGACGAAGACGAAGCCAAGGAUGAAGACGAGGCCGCCGACGAGGGCGAUUUGUGGUCGGGCGACGAAGCCGAGAGCGGGUUCCACGCUGCGGUCGCAAGCACCAAGUCGGUGCGACACGACAUUGAGGCGCUACAGACGCCGAUGAAGCUGCGGCUCCACGAGAACGCGACUCUUGGCUUUGCCUCGGUCGUGAUCGACUUCAAGACCAAGCGCACGACCCGCUUGUAGCUGCUACCUGUAGCGUCGGCGAUGUAAUAGGACGACCCUUGCCUACCUUUAAC